CAGGAUCUCCCAGAGCUCCACUUUUCCCCCUUCCUUUCCAAACUUUCCUUUCACCAAUUCCUUUCUAUUCUACCUAGCUAGCUGGGUACACCUCCCUCAUCUGAAUUGCCCGCCGAAGAGAAAUGAAACUGCCAAGUAUUCCGGCCGCCGCCGCUCUGGACGGUUUCUUCAAUAACUUGCAGUACGAGCCCAAGUCGGUCCUCGAGCUCCUCCCGAGCGCUGCCGAUGACCAUCUCGACGACGAUCAUCACUUCCUCCCCGACUUCCAUGAUUGGGACUCUCUCAUGAUGAUGACCAAACCUCCCCUCGCCGCCAGUAAUUCUAGCGAUCCUCUCCUUUUCACCCCACCGCCUCCGCCGGAGAAUGCGACCGAUUACUUCUUCGCCGCCGCCGAUUAUUAUGACACCUCUAUUAUCGGUAAUUUGUUGGAUGAAGAUGGGGAUAAUGAUAAUAAGAAGUGCUGCAGCAGCUGGCGUUACGAGUAUGAUUACGUGGACGAGCUGAUCCAGUUGGCCGACUGCUUCGACAGCUUCCAGCCGCCUCAUCAGCUCCUGCUGGCGCAGCUCCAUCACAAGCUCCCCUCCCCAGCCGGGAAGCCGCUCCGGAGAGCCGCCUUCUACUUCAAGGAAGCCCUUCAGUCAGGCGGCGGCCGUGCCUCCACAACCCCCUCCGACGACGUUAUUAUUAAGGCCAUCGAAGCUUAUCAAAUCUUCUCCAGCAUUUCCCCUGUCCCCAUGUUCUCCGGCUUCACCGCUAACCAAGCCAUGCUCGAGGCCGCCGUCAUGCACGACGAUGAUGACGAGGGCUCCGCGGUGUUCCUACACGCCAUUGACUUCGACAUCGGCUUUGGCUCCCACUGGGCUUCGUUCAUGAAAGAGCUAGUAGCCGAUAGAGGAGCCGAUCAGUGGACUAUUCUUCAGAUAACGGCUGUGGUUCCUGACAGCUUCGGCGUUGAGUCGAAGCUGGUCAAGGAUAACUUGGCUCAGCUCGCGAGCGAGCUGAGCAUCGACUUCCACAUGGAUUUCGUGCUCCUGAGUACGUUCCGACUUCUCUCCUUCGAAUCCGUCAAGUUCUUAGACGGCCAGAGAGUGUUGGUCCUUUUGUCUCCGGCGAUUUUCCGGGUGGUCGAAGCCAGUUAUUUUGCCGCCGAUCUCCGCCGGAUUUCGCCUGAGAUGGUGGUGAGCGUGGACUGCGACGGGACUGUCGGGUGCGGGCCGUCGUCCGUGCGGCAGACGGUGAUCGACGGGCUGAUGUUUUACUCCACUCUGUUGGAGUCUCUCGAGGCGGCGAGCGCCGGCUGGGGCGGUGACUGGAUGGAGAGGGUUGAGAACUUCGUGGUGGUCCCGAAGAUAGAGGAGAUGGUAGGGGCGGCCGGCAGCAGUGGGACGGCGUGGAAGGAGGCUUUUGCGGCGGCGGGGUUCCGGGAGGUGGGGUUGAGUCAAUUUGCUGACUUGCAGGCCAACUGCCUGGUGGGGAGGAUGCAGAUCGGAGGUUUCCACGUGGCAAAGAGACAUGAGGAGAUGCUGCUGUGCUGGCACGACAGGGCCCUCGUCUCCACGUCAGCGUGGAAGUGAACCUGAUUAAUUCCAUCUCCGAUCCAUCUUUGUACACAAACCACAUAUACAGCUAAGCCAACCAUAGUUAGUUAGGGGCUCUGUCGGACAUGAUUGUACUCACUCCGUUCCAAAAAGAUCUUCCUGUUUCAUUUUUUCCGCAUCUUAUAAAACACUUUUAUCCCACGUCAAAUGCAAAAAAACUUUCAAAACAACUUCUACCCACAAUAAAUGAGAAAUGUGGUA